CCCUCUAUCUCAGUUUUCCCAAGAAGUCAUGAUGCUAUGAUUCACACGUAAAUGUUCAUAAUGUCCUGUUGAACGAUUCCAAAAUGGUGGUGUCAUUUCCGUCCUCUUUAUCCAGUCCAAUCCCCGCAGCAUCCUGUGAUUUUACACGGGAGCGGAGAGGAUGUGUGCCUCUUUACACUCCUCCAAGAUUCAGCUAUAGUUUGUUCAAACUUCCUCCCCACCUUAAGGAGCGGGCAGAAAUUCCCUGUAAUAAACGUGCAUCCUGUUCAGAGCCCUGAGCUUUCUCAGUCACCGGGAGCACACUGCUGACAUUUCUCUUCAUAAAGCUGCGCUGAGGUUUGCCAGGAAUGCCUGAGUUGUUAUAUGGCCCUACAGCAGAGUGAUCUCAGCUGGUAAAAAUCUUAUUGGCUGAGUGCUGUUUCGAAACAUGGGGAACUGUUCAAGAUUCAGAGAAACCAGCAAGCGCUGUGUUUGGGGGAUUCGGACGACUGUCUUCCAGAACAAAUGCAGUCCAUGAUGAGAUCGCUGCAAGACCGGAAGCAGAUCCACAGACCGAGACCGCUGAGUGAACCCUGCGAUCGUUCCUUUGCCGUGACGCGGCUCUGCCAACAGAAAGCCCAGCGGGAGCGGCUCGCACGGCUACGUAUCUCAGAGGCCAGCGAAGCCAGCACUUAUGACUCGGCCUGCUGCCUAGCCAGCCCCCUGGAGGAAGAAGAAGACGAGCAACAGCACGAGCGGCUGGCCCAAGGCUCCCCCAGCAGUGAGAAGAGUUUGGACUUUGAUUCUGGCUACUCCGAGGCCUCCUGGCAGGACGAGGGAGUGGUGCUUAGGAGGAGCAGGAAUGUGCGAGUCUCCUCCUCCGCCUGCCUUCGCACCAACAGGGGACUCUCUGGCCGUGUCCGGCCCAAAUCCACAUCGGAUGCUUGCCUGGAGCGCUGGACCUCAUUUGAGGCCAGCGACCCGGAGGACUGGACCACGUCACUGCUGAGCCGUAGCAGGAACAGACAGCCUCUGGUUCUGGGGGACAACAGCUUUGCUGACCUCAUAAAAAACUGGAUGGACCUGCCCGAGUGUCCUGAGCAAGCAGAACUAAAGCCCAGUGUGGGUCGGCGCCUGGCCAAGGACCUUCUGGUCAACAUGCGCAGGAAACUGGCAGGGAUGUCCAAAGGUGUUGAGGUGAGGACAAAGUCAGCAGACUCCUCGAGAGUCACGAGGGUCGCAGAGGCACCAAAACGCAUGUCGUGUCCUGUGGGCUUCCAGGCUUUCAAACCCUUUUUUCACCAGUCCCACACCGGCUUGCACGAACUAGAUACUGACUUUUACCAGUUCACUGCUCUCAUGAAGACUGGGAGCCGACAACCCAUCAUCUGCAAUGACAUCAUUGGAUACAUCUAAAUAACGCUAUGGCUGUGGGCCCAAUGUUUUAUUAAGUUUAUACAGGACUGCUCUAAUUUCUAACUGCUUUCAACAAAGUUUCCACAAUGUGUAGGCUGUUGCAAUAAAGGGUUUUGUAUUUAAUGACAGAAUGUGUAAA